UGCUUUUGUAUAUUACUCUAGAACUGCUUUUUGUUGAGUGAACUUUUUUUAUUAUAUUGAAGGAAAACACUAAAAAAUGUUGGUGAAAAUGUGUAUGCAUGAGUGAAAAAAUAGCCUUGACUGAUGAAAAGCAAGGUUGUAAAAAUAUGCCUCAUGUAUGCAUGCUUAUUAGUUGUUUCUUGUCUGUAAUGAACCUUUGAUUGCUCUGAAGUUAUAGCAUGAUUUCUGGCAGCGUUUAUUUUGACUUUUGGGGUGUUCAAAUGGGUAUGGAGGAGUUUGGUACUUGUGAAGUUCAAUUUCAAAAUUUGAGUCACCAAUUGUUGUUUUGUGUUUUUUUUUUUUGGAAGUUAAAAUAUGGAUUUUUUAGAGCUCUAAGAAUCUCAUGUUGUAAUAUUUUGACCUUUUUUAAUGAUAGGCAUGUGAACUUCUGACAUAAUGGAUGUUGAAAUGACAUUAACUUUGGAAAGAUAUCAGUGUGUGUCACAGUAACUUCUCUGUCCCAAAAAUAUUUUCCUCAUCAUUUUUUCUUCUAAACUCCAUUAUUUUGGUUCACCUUUAUCUCUUUCUUUUAGCUUUUCAAUUAUAAUACCUUCUUUUGUCUGAGAAACGUUACGGAUUAUUUAUUUCAUGUUAUAAAAGAGCAAUUAAGUGGUAAUUAAGUGGUGCUAAUGCUGUUCAAUAGCUCUUAAAUUUUUGCCGUUAUGGAACACUUGUACUCAGUGCAAGUUCCCAGAGACCGUGAUUUUAGUCACGGGAAAUGUAAAUUAUCUCUCCUAACUAUUACGUACAAUCAUCACGUUGUCUUUUUCUAUAUAAUAAUAUAUGUGUGCAAUAAUACUUUGGAUAUGAAAGCAAAAAAUUAGUUGAAUCUUUUCCUCAUUUGGGUAAAGGAAAAUGAAGAAAAAUGGUAUUAUGUGAACACAUUCCAUUUUCAUGGUUUCUUUUCAGUUUCUUUUUACCCUAAACUUUUGCCAGCCCACAAAACACGCGUUCUGUAGAGGGAUAUAAAUGUCUUAUCUACCAUGUGUUGAUGGAAUCGGUGAAGCCAUUGGCUGUGACCCCGAGAAAGAAGCUGGCACGCAGUUUUGCUAAGGUUCUUCAUGUGAAAGCACUGAUUGGGAUUGCCUCUGUUGAUGGGUUGAAGAGUGUUAUAUCUGAUGCAAAUCUCAAGGAUGAAGGGAACAUGGGAAAGAGUAAUAAGAGUUCACUGAAUUGGUCUGAGUCUUUCGUUGAAGAUGAUGAUGAAGAGCUUCAGGAGAGAAAGGCCAAUGAAGCUCUUCUGGCAAAGCUUUUUGCUAGCAUUUCAAUUGUUAAAGGUGCAUAUGCUGAGUUCCAAUAUUCUCAGUCACCUUUUGACCCUGAUGGAAUCGAAGCUGCUGAUCAAUUGCUAGUGUCUGAGUUGAAGAACUUGUCUGAGCUGAAACAAUGUUUCUUGAAGAAACAGUUUGAUCCUUCGCCCGAGACAGCUAUUCUUGAGGCUGAAUCCAAGGAGCUGCAGGGUGUGAUCAAAACAUAUGAGAUCAUGGGGAAGAAGCUAGAGUCUCAGGUGCGGCUCAAGGAUUCUGAGGUUAUUUUUCUUAGGGAAAAGUUAGAGGAAGCUAAUAAGCGUAACAAGGCAAUUGAGAAGAGAUUAAAUCAAAGUGGCCAACUAGCUGUGCUUGAUAAUGUUCACAUAUCAGGGUUAAGUCCUAGCCAUUUUAUCACAGUUCUUCGCCAUGCGGUUAGGUCCAUUCGCAACUUCGUGAGGGUGAUUGUGGAUGAGAUGAGAUCUGCAGACUGGGAUGUUGAUGCUGCAGUGAAUGCCAUUGAGCAGAAUGUGGUUUAUUUGGCAGAAGAUCACAAGUGUUUUGCAAUUGAGGCAUUUGUUUGCAGAGAGAUGUUUGAUGCUUUCCACUUCCCAAACUUUUCUGUGUCAAAAGAGUCUCUCCCUGAUAGAAGCAGGAGGCAGCAGUGGUUCUAUGGGAGGUUCAAUGAGAUGAAAUCCAUGAAGGCAAAGGACUUCCUUGCUGAGAAGCCAAGAUCAUCAUUUGCAAAGUUUUGCAGGGUGAAGUACUUGAAAAUGGUUCAUCCCAAGAUGGAGUCAUCAUUUUUUGGUAACAUGAGUCAAAGGAACCUUGUGAAUGCUGGAGAGUUUCCAGACACUGCAUUCUUCACAUCAUUUGCUGAGAUGGCCAAGAGGGUGUGGCUUCUACACUGCUUGGCCUUCUCUUUGGAGCCCCAAGCUUCAAUCUUUCAAGUGGGGAAGGGGUGUAGAUUCUCUGAUGUAUACAUGGAAAGUGUGAAUGAUGAAAUCUUCCUGUAUUCAGAAGUGGAAUCAGAUCCACAAGUUGUUUUCACAGUAGUUCCGGGGUUUAGGAUUGGUAAAACUGUUAUACAGUGUCAAGUGUACCUCUCACAGCACCAAAGCAAGGAAAAAAAAAUCACUUCCACAAAGCAAAGGUAGCAGCAGCAGCAGGCACUAGGGGACCCCACAACACAGGUUAUAUUGAACUGGAAGGCAUUCUUUUUAUUUUCUGAGUGAACUUUUUGGAGGGAAAUGAAGGAAUUGUGGGGACUGAGCUCUGGCUAGGAUCACUCACUGGGGCAUCUUUGUCCAUUUGUAUUUUGGCCAUUUUGAAAAGAAAAGCCAUUGGACCGUUGCAUUGGGAACAACCCUUUCUUUAGAAUCUUUCUUAAUUUAUGCCAGAUUUAUCAAAGACAUCCUCCCAAAUUUUCUUAUCAGCCCAAUGACAGGGAUGUCUAGCUGUUAUGCAUCUUUUUUAGACAUUGCAUUUUAUUAUAUGUACAUAAUGAUAUAUAGGUGGGAAUUUUAUAAUCCUCCUCUUUUCCUUUCUUUAUUAA